UGAUGGAGAACGAAUAAGUUGCACUUCGAGUCACGUACGCGAUAGAAAUACACAAUAGAUACAGCGGGAUCAUGUACAAGUACAGAGCGUUGCCGGCGGGGCAAGCGACGAGCGAGGGCGGUAUGCGAUGUCACGUCGAGGGCAUGGGCAUGAGCUCGUAGGCAGGUUCGCCGUUGAGCUUGGCGAGGUCAGGCCUGCAGACGCGACGGGGGAGGGCGCAGUGCGCCCCGACGGCCCGCCCGAGGCUUCCGCUGCUUCUUCAUCUUCUUCGUCUACUCCUUCUUCUGCGCGGGUAUACGGCGGCGGGAGGCGUGCGGCCGAUCGGCCAGGGACUCGGGACGGUAGAGCAAGAAAGCAGGUGCGGGCGAUGAAGCGGGUGCGAGCGAUUGGUGGAUGCGAGCAAAUAGAUAUGGUUGAUCGUGGUGGUGGUACAUGUUGACGAUGAGAGGGGAUCGUGAUGAACGAGGACGUAUGAUCGGUGAAGGCGGAGGUACAGAGACCUGGUCACAGCGCGGAGGGUCUACUCUCAUGCGCAUACCAGGCUCGCGCGCCGCCUACUUGAACGGGCAGUCCGCGGCGUGGGCGCCGCGCCAGCCGCAGUGGCAGCACUGGGGGACGCUGGCGUGGUUGUGGGUCGCGUCGCUGGUCGUGGCGACCUUGACGUUGACGGGGGUAGACGAGGUCUGGGUCUGAGCAGUGCAGCACAUGUUGGAUGAGGUGGUUGGCAAGUCGAAGAUCGAAGUAAACUCGAAGAAAGUGCUGGGGAGGGAGGGAU